AUGCCAUUUCAAACACUUUUCUUUGGCAUUCGUGAAUAUUUAAGUCCAGUACUCAAGAAUUCCAAAUUUAAAGAAACUGGUUGCAUUACACCAGAAGAGUUUGUAGCUGCAGGUGACUUUUUGGUUUAUAAAUGUCCCACAUGGAAUUGGGAAAAUGGUGAAGUGAGUAAAAGAAGAGACUAUUUACCCGCUGAAAAACAAUUUCUUAUUACACGAAAUGUUCCUUGUUUAAGACGUAUCAAACAAAUGGAAUAUACUGAUGAAGAUGCCGAGACUCAAAUUGAGACUGAAGAUGGAGAAGCUUGGGUUGCGACUCAUAGUGGUCGUGCAACAACAAACAUUGAUGAAAUUUCUCAACAAAUUGAAGGUGAAGAGGACGAGGUCACUAAAAGAAUGAGCAAGGUCGUUUUGGAAGAAACUAAUGAUAAAGAUGAUGAAGAUAUUCCAGAUAUUGAUGAAAUUCCAGAUAUCGAUGAUGAUAUAGAAGAAGGAGAAGUUGUUGAAGAAGAAGAUCUGUCUACAUUAUCACCAUCAAACAAUACCAGAAAUUCAUCAUAUGAAGAUAGCCCAAGUGAUAAAAUUCUUCAGGUUCGAACAUAUGAUUUAUUCAUUACCUAUGAUAAAUAUUAUCAGACACCACGAAUGUGGCUAUUUGGAUACGACGAGGAACGUCGACAUUUGACAUCAGCACAAAUAUUUGAAGAUAUUUCACAAGAUUAUGCAAAGAAAACAGUUACAAUUGAGACGCAUCCACAUUUAAAUAUGUCGUUGGCUAGUAUUCAUCCAUGUCGUCAUGCACCCGUUAUGAAAAAAAUUAUAGAAAAAAUGAACGAGGAAAGUAUUAAAAAAUUUGAAAUGUUUCAACAACAAUAUGGAAAUGCUACAGGGUCAAAUACGCCUCAAGCAGAACAGGGUCAAGUUCGCGUUGAUCA